AUGUCGAUUUCAAGAGUGGUAACCAGAACUAUUUUACUGAAGAAUAAGUUAUCUUAUGAGUUGUCAGCCACAUAUUGUAGUUCUCAAGUAGCAGUCAAAGAGUCUGAGGAGAACCAGUUAAAACAAUUCGAAACAUUAUACAAUAUUACUAAAAAAGUACGCACAAAGAAACCACAGAAGCCUCCUUUUGUUAAAAAUUUGAUGUUAGGAAAAUUUGAUACAGAUAUUUUGACUUAUCCUGAAUUGGAAAAAGAAGAUGUGGAAGAUUUGGAAGCAAAUGUAUCACUAGUGCGAAAGCUGGUUCAUCAGAAUCAUGUAGUGGAUUACAACUCACUGGACAAAACAUUCAGACAAAACUUAUCUGAUCACAGAGCAAUAGGUCUUCAAGCAUCUCAGUUCAUCAAUGGAAGAGAGUGUAAUGUAACAGAAAGUUUAGCAUUUUUAGAAGCUUUGUCUGAACAUAAAAUUAGAUAUAGCAUUCUCAAUAAUGAACAGUUAGGUGCACACAGUUUUGUGAAAUUUGGAAGUGAUCAACUGAAAACCAAAUAUUUACAUGAAAUAAUGAAGGGGAAUUUGCUAUCUGCUUUGUGUUUCACUGAAUGUGGAGCCAUAGACCUGAGUCAGUUCAAAACUACUGCCAAAUUAUCUAGUGAUAGCAAAACAUGGAUUCUCAAUGGUACAAAGACUUGGGUAGUGAAUGGAACUUCUGCAGAUAUAUUCAUAGUUUUAGCUUUAACAAAAACUAUAGUAAGGGACAUCAUCAAAGAACCCAAAUUCUCUGCAUUUGUUGUAGAAAGGAACUCUCCUGGGAUAUCAAUUCAUAGAAAUGAUUCCACUGGCAUUGAAACUGCUGAUAUAACAUUCACAAAUGUUGAAAUUCCAGUAGAAAAUAUUCUUGGUCAAGUCCACAAAGCCCAAGAUAUGUUAUCAAGCUUAACAACUGAAUACAGAGUAAGCUUGGGUUCAUUAGGUAUAACUUUGACAAAGAAAAUUCUGAAUAAUUUGACUAAAGAUAUUCUGGAUAGAUCUGAUGAUGCUUAUCAGUUGUACAAAAUGGAUGCAGUCAGAGAAAAAAUUGGAGAGAUUGUUACAUCCCUUUAUGCAAUGGAGAGCAUUACAUACCUAACAUCAGGGCUUAUUGAUUCUUAUGAAAAUCAAGAUGUGGAAGUAGAGGGUGCAAUUGUAAAGAUAUUCGCAUCUGAAAAUGUUUUGAACGCUUCGAUGACAAGCUUAAGCUUGAUAGGGUCUCCAUCUGUGUCAGACUCACAUUGGGCCAACAUUUGCCAUAGAGAUGCCGUGCAACUCUCGUUAUUGAACGAAACAAAUGACAGUUUGAAAAUGAUCCUUGCCCUUUUAGGGCUACAGCAUGCUGGGGUGGAACUCAAUGAAUAUAUUGACAGAAUUCGGAAUCCCCUAUUUCAUUCGGGAUUGGCCCUCAGAAGAAUGUGGACCACGAGGCGAAAUGUUGAGGACAAUCCAAAACUAGACUUGGAAUUGCGGGAAUAUUUGCAUCCUUCCUCAUUAAUCGCCUCAAAACAUUUGGAAUAUUGUGUGAAAAGACUUGAAUUUGCCACUGAAAUUCUCCUUGCGAGACACGGACCAGAAAUAGUGAAUCAACACAUGGAUCUGAGAAGAUUGGCAGCUGUCAUGAUAGACAUUUAUGCGAUGACAGCUUGUCUCGGCAGGGCUUCUAGAUCGUACUGUAUAGGGCUGCAACAUGGCGACUACGAAAUGUUGAUAGCAAACAGUUUUUGUAAUUACGCGAUGGAAAGGGUUAAAGCCAAUGUGAUGAGUAUCUAUGUGGGGGAAUAUAAAACGAACGAUGUAAAUUUUAGAGCGAUCUCGAAAAGGGUGUUCAAAUUUAAAGAGUAUUUUCUCAAGCAUCCUCUUAGUAGAAAUUUUUAA